AUGAAUACGACUUACAUCGUGAUUGAAGUGGCCAUUGCGGUGCUGUCCAUCGCCGGGAACGUGCUGGUGUGCUGGGCCGUGUCCAUCAACAGCACUCUCAAGAACGCCACUAACUACUUUCUGGUGUCGCUGGCGGUGGCAGACAUCCUGGUGGGCUGCCUGGCGAUCCCCUUCGCCGUCAUCAUCAGUGUGGGCAUCCACCUGGACUUCUACGGCUGCCUGUUCCUCGCCUGCUUCGUGCUGGUGCUGACGCAGAGCUCCAUCUUCAGCCUCUUGGCGGUGGCUAUAGACCGGUACCUGGCCGUGAAGAUCCCGCUCAGGUAUAAGGAGCUGAUGACGGGAAAGGCAGCCCGGGAAAUCAUUGCUAUUUUAUGGAUCUUAUCGUUUGUCAUCGGUCUUAUUCCCUUCUUCGGCUGGAAUCGAAAACACAUAGGCUGUGCCAACGCCAGCUCCGAACUCACCAACGCCACAAGUGCGGAAGGUACAGGCGGCGGAGGAACACGUUUGCUCUACAGCUGCAACCUGGAGUGCUUCUUUGAAAGUGUGGUGGACAUGCAUUACAUGGUCUACUUUAAUUUCUUUGUCUGUGUACUGCUCCCCCUCUUGAUCAUGUUGGGGAUCUACCUGAAGAUUUUCACUGUCGCCCGAAAGCAGCUGAGGCAGAUCGAGUUAAAAUGUGUUGGGAACGGAGAGAGCCAGCAUCAUGGACUGCUGCAAAAAGAAAUCCGUGCAGCAAAGUCCCUUUCGAUAAUCGUAGGACUCUUCGCUUUGUGCUGGCUGCCUGUGCACAUUUUAAACUGCUUAACGUUGUUCUACCGUGAUCUCAAGAAACCAGAUGUGGUCAUGUAUGUUGCAAUCAUUCUGUCCCAUGCAAACUCUGUGGUUAAUCCCAUUAUAUACGCAUACCGGAUCCAGGAUUUUAGGAACACGUUUCGGAAAAUCCUGGCUCAGAAUUUCCUGUGCCGUAAAGAAGAGAUGUAUCUGAGUUCAAACGGCAGCAAGCGCAACAAAGACCAGAUCCACAUGACCAUAGACCCUCUGCUGUAA